UAUAAAUGUCCACUUCUGCGAACAAAUCGAAAGCAUUUGCCAAAUUCAAAAUUGUAUUUAUUGGCAAUCAGGCUGUUGGUAAGACAUCUAUCAUCGCCCGAUUUGUAUACGAACAAAUUCCUGAAUAGCAUCAAGUAUCCAUCAAAUUUUGAUAAAUAGCCUACAAUUGGAAUCGACUUUCUCUCUAAAUGCAUAUAGGUUGAUAAUAAAACAGUAAGAUUGUAAUUAUGGGACACUGCAGGUUAGGAGCGAUUUCGAUCAUUAAUUCCAUCUUAUAUAAGAGAUUCGCAUGCCGCUGUCCUAUGUUAUGAUGUUUCAAGUAUUAUUUUUAAAAUAAGUUUAAGAUGCAUAGUCAUUUGCAGAUAUUAAAUCAUGGCUUGAUUAUGUAAGAGAAGAAAGAGGUUCUGACGUAGUGGGAGUGCUUAUUGCGAAUAAAAUAGACAUUAAAGAUAGGUUAAGAAAAAUUUAAUUUAAGAGCUGUAUCAACAUAAGAAGGAGAGAAGCUUGCAAAAGAAUAAGAUUUACUUUACUACGAAGUCUCAGCUAAGGAGGGAACCAAUGUCUAAUAAACCUUUAAAAAUCUUGCCUUGAAACUCUUAGGUCCAAUUCAAGAUGUUGAAUAACCAACUACAGAAAGUAAAUAAUAUUCUCAUUAUAGUUGAAAUAUCAAGUAGCAAUAAUAACAUUUAAAUAAAACCAGAAAACCAGCAACCCCCAUAAUCAGAUUAAUAGAAAUGUUAAUGUUGA